AUGAGCACAGAUCACAAGAGUAUUUCCUACGCACCGGGGGACUCUGGGAAGGCCAACUUCCAGAAUGGCGCCUCGGAGAAGGGCCCCGCCCCCCUCGGAGAGGCGCCGGUCGAGGUGUCGCCGCUGGAAAACCCGCAGAAGACUCGUUGGGAGCGCAGCUGGCCCACGAUCGCCUGCGGUGCCGGUCUUUUCUCCGAUGGCUAUCUGAAUGGGGUGAUCGGCUCUGUCAAUACUAUGCUGGGCACGAUCUACCCCGACACCUAUGCCAAUUCGCCCGCCAGUCAGAACGUAUCUUCGAUUGUUUUCGCGGGCACUGUAGUCGGAAUGCUGGCGUUCGGAUAUACUAGUGAUCACUGGUCGCGCAAGUGGUCCUUGAUGGUUUCCACCGUGAUCCUGUUUAUCUUUGCGGCCCUGUCGGCCGGUGCCUACGGAGCUGGUGGCAACCAGUAUGGCCUCUUUGCUGCUCUUACGGCCUAUCGCUUUUUCCUGGGGAUUGGCAUCGGCGGCGAGUAUCCUGCUGGAUCCGUGGCGGCUGCAGAAAACACCGGGGAACUCAAGAGUGGCCACCGCAAUCGUUGGUUCAUCAUGUUCACCAACUUCCAGAUCGACUUUGCCUAUGUGGUUUCUGCAAUUGUGCCCAUGAUUCUUGUCUUGAUUUUCACCGAGAAUCAUCUGCGUGCCGCAUGGCGUGUGGCUCUGGGGUUGGGAGUCAUUCCUCCCCUUAGUCUGAUGUACCUGCGACUGAAGAUGAACGAACCCGAGGAAUUCAACCGCGAGCGCAUGCACAAAUUCCCAGUGUGGCUGAUCGUCAAGUUCUACUGGAAGCGCCUGACCGUCGUCUCCCUUAUCUGGUUCGUCUACGACUUUUCGGCCUACUCGUUCACCAUCUAUUCCUCGGCGUGGUUGAAAAUAAUCCUGGGCGAUACGGCACCCAUGUGGAAGACUUUUGGCUGGAACACCGUGACCAACCUUUUCUACAUCCCGGGUUCUGCUCUCGGGGCAUUUGCCAGUGACUGGAUCGGCCCUCAAAGUACCCUUGCUAUCGGAGUGGGCCUCCAGGGUGUCAUUGGGUUCAUUAUGUCCGGCUGUUACAAGUGGCUUGCCACUCCGGAGAAUGUGGCUGCCUUUGUCGUGGUGUUCGGCAUCUUCCUCGCCCUCGGUGAGUUCGGGCCUGGUGACAAUAUCGGUCUGUGUGCCGCCAAGACCAGCGCAACUGCCAUCCGUGGCCAAUAUUAUUCGUAUGCGGCGGCAGCUGGCAAGAUUGGUGCUUUCGUCGGCACCUAUGUCAUCCCGAUCGCGCAGAAGAACGCGCCCAACGAGAUCCGCAAGGGCCAGGAUCCCUUCUUCAUUUCCAGCUCACUGUGCAUUUUCAGUGCUGCACUGACUAUUUUCCUGAUGCCGAAAAUUGACCAGGAUACGAUCACUGACGAAGACGCCAAAUUCCGCGCCUUUCUCGAAGCCAACGGCUACGAUACUGGGACCAUGGGCAACCACAGCCAGAGCACCAGCCCAGAUCAGGAAUAA